UUCUCACAGGAAAACUCGUCCUUGGCACAAUUCUUGUUCUCUCGCAAUCUGAAUCCGACCGUACUGUAACCUCUUCCUCCAACAAACAUGGACAGUAGUUUCUCUUCUCCGCGACGCGACGCUUUUCCUGCUGGUCUGCGAGUUCUCGUCGUUGAUGAUGAUCCAACAUGGAUAAGGAUCCUUGAAAAGAUGCUCAAGAAGUGCUCCUAUGAAGUGACCACAUGCGGCUUAGCAAGGGAGGCUCUCAACUUGCUUCGCGAAAGGAAAGAUGGAUACGACAUUGUUAUUAGUGAUGUAAACAUGCCAGACAUGGAUGGUUUUAAACUUCUUGAGCAUGUUGGGCUGGAGAUGGAUCUUCCUGUCAUAAUGAUGUCUGUAGAUGGAGAGACUAGCAGGGUUAUGAAAGGUGUUCAACAUGGAGCAUGCGAUUAUCUCCUCAAGCCAAUUCGAAUGAAAGAACUACGAAACAUAUGGCAACAUGUGUUCAGAAAGAGGAUUCAUGAGGCAAGAGAAUUUGAAGGUCAUGAAGGAUUUGAGGGCCUUCAUUUAAUGAGAAAUGGAUCAGAUCUGUCGGAAGAUGGGAUGUCAUUUGCCCUUGAAGAUAUGAAUUCCAUGAGGAAACGAAAAGACUUUGAUAGCAAACAUGAUGACAAAGAAUUUGGAGAUCCAUCUUCCACCAAGAAAGCCAGAGUAGUCUGGUCUGUGGAUCUUCAUCAGAAAUUUGUCAAAGCUGUGAACCAAAUUGGAUUUGACAAAGUUGGCCCCAAAAGAAUUCUGGAUUUGAUGAAUGUUCCUUGGCUGACGAGAGAAAAUGUUGCUAGCCAUUUGCAGAAAUACCGGCUCUACUUGAGUAGAUUGCAGAAAGAAAAUGAACAGAGAUCUUCCUCAAGUGGGAGCAAGCGUUCAGAUUUGCCUCCAAGAGACACUGCUGGAAGUUUUGGAUUUCAGAACACAACAAACGGGCAGCAAAACGAUGUUGCAGUUGACAGCUACAAAUAUUCAGAUGUAACAUUACAGAGUCAUACCUCUGAGACCAAGAUUCACAACGGUGAUCUCAAGGCAACUGUUUCAGAUUCUGCAGAAGAAAAAAGAACUUUGUCUGGAAGCAUUCCUGAUACAAAAGUAAGUUCCCAGAUAAAUCUUAAGCAUUCUUCUUUUGGACCCCUUGAGUCAGAAGGAAGCCAUGCAGUAUUUGAUUGCACCGUCCCAUCGACACAGUACACCUGGAAUGAAACUCCAGAGAUGCCGCUCAAGAAAGAACACAAGUCAUUUCUUCAAUUGGAAGAUAGCUUCAGUCAUUUACCCUUGCAUGUCCCGCAGCAUCCAGUCCAGGUUGACCAAUCACAUUCAAUUGCUUCAGUUAGUUCCAACCCCUCUAUCACAGAGGGAGAGAUUGCUGCCUCCAUUGAAACUAAGCCAAUGUAUACUGAUCACAAAAGUGACUAUGCCAGUCCUGUGAGUUCAAUAGGGAGUGUAGUGGACAACUUUCCUACACAGUCCAAGAGCCUUAUGGAGAAUGGUCAACUUUCAGAACCCACUUCAACUAAGAAUUUGGACAUGAAAACUCAGGGCAUCAAUCUAGGCAUCAAUUCUGACCUGGCUUUUUAUCCCGAAAACCUAGUUUUGGGAGGUGAGGUGGCUUCGCUACCACUGGACGAGGACUUGCAUUUCUAUUGGCUGCAUGGUGAAUGCUAUAAUAUGAACUGGGGAUUGGAAAAUAUAGGAAUGCCAGAGUAUUAUGAUCCAGGUCUUGUUGCAGAACUUUCAAGUCACCUACAUGAUUCAGCAGAUUAUACUGUAGUAGAUCAAGGCCUAUUCAUAGUAUAGUCAAUCACCUUUCAUGCAUGAAAUGGCUACUUGAUGCUGUUGUUGGUAAUUGCAAUUUGCAUCUACUAUAGAAGAAUUUCAACUGUUAGGGUUGAGACAUUCAUCCUCUUAUCUGAAAGACUUGGAUAUGGCUAUUUGUAUAAAAUGUGAGUGAUGGCAAAAUUAAUCUUAGUAAGGUUGCUUCUUCAGGCUUA